AUGGCCGACACGGAGCUGCAGCGGCGCUUCUCGCCCCGCGCGCCCAUGGAGGCCGACAUCGCGGCCGAGCUGCAGUCGAUGAUGCGCCUACACAGCAUCUCGGCCGAGGACCUCUUUUACAAGUGGGAGUCGUACUGCAUCAAGAUGGACCUCGACGCCGGCGACGCCCUGACGCUGGCCCACGUGCGGAAUCUCAAGCAGAAUAUGUUGGACGCGCUGGCCAAGUCGGCGGCGGCGGCCGAUGUUGGGUCUGCUGUGAAGCCCAAGGCGGAGAGAAAAAUUGCGGGAACGCCGAGAGGUGGUGGUGGUGGCGGUGGUGACAUGUAUGGCAUGCUGGACGGGUUGAUGCCGAGCACGCCGGCGUCGUCGGGCAAGAGGUUGAAUAGAGGAGCGGCGCCUACGCCUGGGACCAGUGCCGGAGGGAGCACACUGCGUAGGAGGAUGGAAAUGUCCAAGAUUUCGAGCUCGCCGGCCGGCGGCAUGGGUGAGCAGCUGGCGGAGAUGCACGGAUCAGCCCCAGCUAGCUCGUUCAACGACCGGCCCAACCCCGGCGAGGUGGUCGAGGUCCUCAACGGCCAGCUCGCGUCGGCCUCGCCGCCUCCCGCGCCGUACCCCGAGCCGCGCGUUAAGCUAACGGCCGCGUCGGACCAGAAGAAGAUGGGCUACAAACCGCUGGCGAUGAAGCUGUCCGAGGCGAGCGAGAUUCUUGACGACCGCAUCGACGACCUGGCGGCGCUCGUGCAGCGGCACCACUCCCUCGACGACACCGCCCUGGGCAACGCCGCGCGCCAGGGCACCACCGACAUUGUCGCCGUCGGGCGCGUCGCGUCCGACAGCCCCGAAGGUCGCCUCAACGCGGCGAGCCUGGUGCUCGAGACGUCGCGCCGCACGGGCAUGGGCUUCCGCGUGCCGCUGCGCAUGGACGCCAUCCCCGCGUGGAGCGUGUUUCCGGGCCAGAUUGUGGCGCUGCGAGGGAGCAACGCCACGGGGGACGAGUUUGUGGUCAAGGAGGUGCUGGCGAUACCGCUGCUGCCAAACGCGGCAUCGACGGGUAGCGCGCUGGCCGCGCACGAGGAGCGCAUGCGCGUGCGAGAUCCGGAUGCGAUGAUGGAUGAGGACGACGAGAAGCCGGCGCCGCCGCUGAGCAUGCUGUACGCGGCGGGGCCGUACACGGCGGACGACAACCUGGAUUUUGAGCCACUACAUGCGCUGUGCGCGGAGGCGGCGGACACGUACGCCGACGUGCUGGUGCUGACGGGUCCGUUUCUCGACGUGGACCACCCGCUCGUCGCCACCGGCGACUUUGACCUCCCCGACGAGGCGCUCGGCGGUAGCAGCGGCGACGCAGACACGGCGACCAUGACGACAGUCUUUCGGUACCUCGUCGCACCGGCCCUCGCGCGCCUCGUCGCCGCCCACCCCUCCGUCACGGUGAUUCUGGUGCCGUCGGUGCGCGACGUGCUCGACAAGCACGUCUCCUGGCCGCAAGACACCAUCCCCCGGCGCGAGCUCGGCCUGCCGCGCUCCGUCCGCAUCGUCUCCAACCCCAUGACGCUGUCCAUCAACGAGCUCGUCCUCGGCGUCUCCAGCCAAGACGCGCUCUGGGAGCUGCGCGCCGAGGAGCUCAGCAAGGUGGGCGCGGCGCUGUCGUCGGGCGGCGGCGGCGGCGACCUGAUGGCGCGGCUGUGCAGGCACCUGGUCGAGCAGCGCCAUUUUCACCCCGUGUACCCGCCGACGGAUCGCGCGCGGCUGCCGCGAACGGGCACGGCCGAGGGCACGGCUACGGGCGCGGUCCUGGACGUGAGCUAUCUGAAGCUGGGCGAAAUGGUCAAUGUGCGUCCGGAUGUGCUGCUGACGCCGAGCGCGCUGCCGCCGUUUGCCAAGGUCGUGGAGAGCGUGCUGGCGAUUAACCCGGGAUACCUGUCCAAACGCCGCGGCGCAGGCACGUAUGCGCGCAUGACGCUGCACCCGCCCAAGAUUGAAGGCGACGGUCUGCAAGGACAUCGCGUCUUUGAGCGGGCCAAGGUGGAAAUCGUACGCAUAUGA